CGUGUUCUUUUGGAUGUGUUGUUAAUAGUGCCUCAAAAAGGUACUAUAAGGAAAGAAGACUAGAAAAGCCAAUUUUUCAUUAUAAUAAUUCUGCGGACUCCAUCUUCAACUGCAUUGUACAUAGAAGUCGAAUGUAAAAUAACAGACUUUUCAUUUCGGUAGCGUACAGCAAACAACUAGGAGUGCAUUAAAUUUAUCGAAUCCAAAUAGAAUCAUUCAAAGAAAGGUAUGAAGAAACCGUACAUGUCCUUCCAUGUCGAACGGAAUCUUUGGAUGAUAUAAGGAUCCUUUCAAAUGUAGCUAAGACACAUGUAGUAAAACUUCCAAUUGGCAGAAUUGCUAAUAGCUUAGUUCUUUUGUAUUGAUUUUGUACACCAAUUUAUUCAAAAGCGGCCUUAUUUGGUGCGAUGAUGCUCGAUACUUUGGUUUUCAAAGCUGACCUUAUUUCUCUGUCAAUCUGAUAUAGUCAACACUUCAACGUUCAGUGUCGAUUAGCCUGGAUGCUGUUAAGUUUGGGAGGAAAAUGAAUUAUCUCUACCAAGAAAAGAUGAGAGCCUCCUAUGCUUUAUUAGAAGACGGUAAUACCGAUUUCGUUGUCAUAGGAGGUUGUGUCUAGUUUUCGUUCUCUUUUCAUUUCAAUGGAUUUAUUUCACUUAGAGAAGAAUGAAUAAAGAAGUUUGUUUAUGCAAUUAUAGUUUUUAAAUAACACUUUCGUAGUGAGCUAAUGGACUUACUUCCCUUCCACCAACACCAUCAUUAAAAUGGUCCCUCAAAGGAUCUGUACGCAGAUUGUCGAUGAACACAAACAGUUCAAUAAAGAUAUACCUCAGUUUAUGCAAGAAGUGAACUUGGCAGAUGUCGGAUUCAGUUAUCAUGUAGUGGCUGUCUUGGGUUCUCAAUCUACAGGCAAGAGUACCCUUUUAAAUCAGUUGUUUGGGACAAGAUUUGAUGUUAUGGAUGCUGGUAAAAGGCAGCAAACAACAAAAGGUAUUUGGUUAUCAAAGGCCCAGGAAGCUCCCAUCCUUGUAAUGGAUGUAGAGGGAACUGAUGGCCGUGAAAGAGGUGAUGAUCAGGAUUUUGAAAGAAAAUCGGCUUUAUUUUCAAUUGCUACCAGUGAAGUGAUUAUCGUAAAUAUGUGGGAGCAUCAAGUGGGACUUUAUCAGGGCUCUAAUAUGGUAUUGUUAAAAACUGUGUUAGAGGUUCACCUCCAGCUCUUUCACUCCAAGAAAGAAAGGAGUUUACUUCAAUUCGUGAUUCGAGACUAUAUAGGAACUACGUCUAUGGAAAAUUUGUCUGAAACAAUUAAGACGGAUUUGACGAAUGUUUGGUCUUCUUUAUCAAAACCUCCAGGAUUAGAAGAAUCUAAAAUUACUGACUUUUUUGACCUUGGAUUCACGGGAUUGCCCCAUAAAAUACUUUGUUCAGAAGCAUUUGAUACGGCAGUUGAUUCACUUAGGGCUAGAUUUUCCAAUAGUGAUGCUUCUGAUUAUGUCUUCGAUCCGAGUUAUCACAAGCGUAUUCCUGCUGAUGGAUUUUCUUUGUAUACUCGAGAAAUCUGGGAUACGAUCGAGAAUAAUAAAGAUCUGGAUUUGCCAACACAGCAGCAGUUGCUUGCGCAGUAUCGAUGUGAUGAAAUUAUAGCGGAAGCUAUGGAACCUUUUUCUAAAGCCUGUAGCAUUUUACAGAGUGAAUUUUUACCAGGAAACCUUUGCGAAAACCUGUCAACUCGUAUGCAGGAUUUAUAUGAACAAGUUGUGCGAGAUUACGAUCGACAAGCCAAAAGAUAUAAUCAUGCCAUUUAUGAAAAAAAGAAACUGGAAUUGCUGCGCACUGUUGAUACAUCAUUGUAUGUGUUUUUCCAGGCUCAAUUGAAUGCCUUACAAAAACAGCUGGUUUCUUCAUUCUCCGGAGCAGCUGAAAAGUUUCCCUCUGAUAAAUCGUUUAAGGAAUUAUCAUCUCAGGAGAUUGAAAAAUGUAAAUCCCGUAUGCAAGAGGAGGCACAAACUUUGAUGAUUGCUGGUAUCGAGUGGGAUUCAACGCAAUUUUUGCUUAAAUUAUCAGAAGAAUUAGAAAACGCCUCUACGGCUAUCUGCGAGCAAAAAUUAUUUUCGAGGAUAGCAGAAAUGCGUACUGAUGUACAGACUCAGAUUGGGGAAUCUCUUGAAAUUGCUCUUCAAAAACCCAAUCUUAAAGUGUGGGAUGGGUUACUUGAUGAACUUUCAAUGCAUCGCAAGCAAGCAGAAGAUGAAAUAAUUCGUGUAUUUCCUUUCUUUAUAGAUUCAACUAAACCGGAGGUAACUCAAACCUACAUUCACAAUUUUCAUAAAGACGUCUGGAUGGCGUUUCGGAAAAAACUUAAUGUUGAGAUGUCUGAUCUUCUCCUUCAGCAGCGAUUGCGUGUGUAUUUUGAAGAAAAUUUUCGCUAUGAUGCUGACGGUAUGCCCAAACUCUUUAAAAAGUCUGAUACUCUCGACCUUGAUUACAGAGAAAGUGUUUCUAAGUCUCUUGAAUUGAUAAAGGUUCUUUCUUGUGUAAAGUAUUCUGAUGGAAGAAUACCCGAACUUGGAUUUGACGUGAAGGAAAUUGACUCCUCGUUUUCUACUCCUAACGAUUUUUUGACGAUUUUGAACCGAAAACGAAUUUCAGAUACUUCUGUAAAUCUGAAGAGAACAGCUGAUUUGAUUUAUUUGGAUUCGAAGCGAUCUGUGGUAAGUACGCAAACAAGGAUUCCUCCAUAUUUUUGGGCAUUGCUUUUGGUACUCGGAUGGAAUGAAUUUAUGGCGGUUAUAAGAAACCCGUUCUUUUUUAUGUUAUUGCUUAUUGGGGGAUCUUCAGUAUAUAUUCUUUAUGCGACCGGAAUGAUUGGACCCGCCAAAGUUCUCGCAAACCGAGCGGCUGGUGGAAUGGUUGAUUUCGUUACUGAAAAAGUUGCAGAGUCUUAUCAGGAUCGUAGUAAGAUACGCGAAAAAAGCUAUUCUGGAGAAAACUUGUCGGAGAAAACAAGCAUAGAUGGUGAUGUAGAGAAGGCUGCUCUUUCUUGAUUUGUUACGCUAAGACAACCUGAAUCUGGUUUGCUAAAAGAAGAAGAAUGAAUUUCACCCUGUUCUAUUUGACGCUUUAUGUUGAAAAAGAUUUUCGUUCACGAAUUUAUAUAUACCAAGACAUAUAUAGUAUGAAGUACCACAAUUAGGGAGA